GUUCUGACUCAUUGGGUUUUCACGUAGGUAUUUCCCUAAUAAUAAUUGCAUGGGAAUAGUUUUAAGAAUUUAAACUCUGGAGAUACCUAUACCCUACUUGCAUUUCUUUCAUAUUCUUUGCAAGCAAUUGUGCAAUUGUGAUCCUUUCGUCACCCGCCGCGGUCUAUCUCUCUACCUUCGGUUUAUUUUUUAUUUUUUUUUUUUAAAAAAAAAAAAAUCCUAAGUAGGAGAAGCCCCUCCGUGUUGCACACCACCAUGCCGAUGCUUAAAGAUCCCUCCAAAAAGUACAAGAAGUUCGCGCCUCUCGAUAUCCCAAAUCGCCAAUGGCCGUCCAAGACAAUCGACAAGGCGCCGAGGUGGCUGGCAACCGAUCUGCGAGAUGGAAACCAGAGCUUGGUUGACCCAAUGAAUGGCGAAGAGAAAUGGAGAUUUUUUAAGAUGUUAGUCGACCUUGGCUAUAAGGAAAUCGAAGUAUCGUUCCCUUCCGCAUCGCAAACGGAUUUCGAUUUUACGAGACGCCUGGUCGAAACUCCCGGUGCCGUACCCGACGAUGUUUGGCUACAAGUCCUAGCGCCUUGCCGCGAGGAUCUCAUCCGCCGUACGGUCGACUCCCUCAAGGGUGCUAAGAAGGCCCUUCUACACAUUUACCUUGCGACGAGCGAAUGUUUCCGGCGCAUCGUGUUCGGUUUUAGCGAAGAGGAGAGCGUUGAAAGAGCAGUAGCAUGCGCUAAAUAUGCCCGAUCAAUUACCAAAGAUGACCCAGAACAAGCUGGUACAGAAUGGGCUUUCGAAUUCAGCCCCGAGACUUUCUCCGAUACGAGCCCUGAAUUUGUCAUCCGAAUCUGUGAAGCUGUCAAAGCCGCGUGGGAGCCUACAGUCGAGAACCCAAUCAUCUUUAAUCUUCCAGCGACUGUGGAGAUGGCAACGCCAAAUGUUUACGCUGACCAAAUUGAGUAUUUCUGCUCCCACAUUACUGAGCGGGAAAAGAUUUGUGUCUCACUCCACCCCCAUAAUGACCGGGGAUGUGCUGUGGCUGCAGCUGAGCUUGCGCAGAUGGCGGGAGCCGACCGCGUGGAGGGGUGCCUUUUUGGAAAUGGUGAACGAACUGGCAAUGUCGAUCUCGUUACUCUAGCCUUGAAUCUUUACACACAAGGAAUCCACCCAAAUGUUGACUUUUCCGAUCUGAAUCAUGUUGUCGAUACCGUGGAAAUUUGCAACAAGAUACCGGUUCACCCCAGGGCGCCAUAUGGCGGUUCUCUUGUCGUAUGCGCUUUCAGUGGUUCUCACCAGGACGCCAUCAAAAAAGGAUUUAUGCAACGAGAACAGGAUGGCAAGGCAUACGAAGACCAAUGGCAGAUGCCAUACCUCCCUCUCGACCCGCAGGACAUUGGUCGCACGUACGAGGCUAUUAUUCGCGUCAAUUCGCAAAGCGGCAAAGGUGGCGCUGCCUGGAUCAUCCUACGCCAGCUCAACCUCGACCUUCCUCGAGGCUUACAAAUUGCAUUCAGCAAGGUCGUACAGAGAAAGGCGGACGAACUGGGCAGAGAGCUCCGAUCUUCGGAAAUCACUGAUUUAUUCGAGCGUACAUACUUCCUGCAAGAACACCCCCGAUUUAGCAUCCUCGAUUAUUCUAUUUCGUUUGACCGGGCAAACUCCCCUGCGCCACCAGGACCCGGUGUCGUACAAGAUACGCGAAAUCUCGGACGUGUUUUCGAGGGUGUUGUUCAGAUCGAUGGUAUGGAAUACCAGCUUCGAGGUCGCGGCAACGGUCCUAUCUCGUCUCUUGCCAACGCCUUGAAGGGUGUGGGUAUUGACCUGGAUGUCGCUGAUUAUAAGGAACACGCCAUAGGAGGCGGUCGAGAAGUCAAGGCUGCCACAUACAUUGAAUGCAUUGCUGUGGGUACCUCGCAAAAGGUUUGGGGUGUUGGUAUACAUGAGGAUGUGGUACAGAGCUCACUCAUUGCUCUUCUAAGUGCUGCUAGCAACUUUAUCCUUAGCCGCCCGAGUAGUCCUGUCCUAUCAAAACGCGCGCCACAACGCAGUCUGAGUCAGGAGUUAGAUAUUGUCAAUGGUGAUCUGAAAGUCCCAUCUGUCACAAAUGGAAAUGGAACAAUCAAGGGUCAACAACAUACAACACCCGAGACAAUCCAGGUCUUAGAAGCUAAGGCGAACGGGAUGUGAGUCUGCGCGAGAUACGAUAGGGCUGCAGCACGGCGAUGAAAACGGGGAUUGAAGAGAGAGAAAAAAAAAAUAACAACAGCAUACGUUUUACCAUUUCAGGUAUCAUUUAGGUUCGGCUGUUGUUCCCAGUACAUGCAAAAUAAUUGCUUUACCGGGGAACCAAGAGUCGGUGUGCGUUUGCAUCGAUAUCACUCGAUUUUAUGACAACUGAACAGACUGUAAAUUUAGCUUCUAAAGAUUGCAUCUAAAAAGCAUAUACGGCGAGAGAAAUGGAUCUUAAAAAAAGAAAUAAAAUACUCAUAUUAAAUUAAUGACUCGAUGAAUAGGCACAUAUACAUAAUUAAGAUCAGAUGUGUUUAAG